AUGUGUUGUUCAGCUGGAGACUCUGCUCACCUUGGCCGACAAAGCCCAAGUUCUGGAUCUUUGCCAUCCCAGAUAGAGAGGAGUGACAGAGAACAUAAUACAUUGCUGCAAUUCUGGAAACUGGAUAUAUUCCUGGGACAGACUUUGGAUGUGUACGCCUCCUCCAUAGCGGGCCCUGGUUAUUUCUGGUGCCAGUAUGCAAACUCUGAGGAGCUUGCUGAAAUCUCUAAAGUGUGUCAGCUCAUUGGAAACUCUGAGCAUAAGGACACAGUCCUCAUGUCUACCCUGAGCCCUGGAAGCCUUUGUCUGGCUCUCUUUGCCGAAGACGAGCAAUGGUAUCGAGCUCAGAUUGUUAGCAAAAUGGAUGUUAUCUCUGUUGUCUUUGUGGAUUAUGGAAAUGAGUCAGAAACUGAUUUGAAGUCUUUGAAGUCUGUUUCACCUCAGCUACUAGAACACCCUCCUCAGGCCUUUCUGUGUUCCCUCGCUGAAUUUGAGAACUCAGAAGGCAGCUGGGAUGACAAUGCCCUUGAUGGGUUUUAUGAGCUCCUUGCUGAUAAGCCGCUGAAAGUGACAGUUCAGGACAUGGACAAUAAUAACAAGCUCCCCAUUCCUCAGUACCAAGUGAAAGUAGAGUGUGAGGAGCUGAUUGUGAAUGACUUCAUGAAGACUUGCUGGAGAAGCUCCCCCACCGAGUCUCAAUCAGGUUUGUAA